AUGUCAGCUGAAAACUCACCACCCAAGCGGCGGAUAUACCUCAAUGGCUUCGACAUGUUCACGGUAGGCCAUCUUUCCUUCGGUCAGUGGAGGAACCCUUCCGAUAAGUCAGCGACCAAGCGACGAGACCUGUCCUACUGGACGAAUCUUGCCCAAUUACUCGAGAAAGGCGAUUUCAAUGCGUUGUUCCUCGCCGACACCUAUGGUCUAUAUGACACGUAUAAGGGGACCGCAGAACCUGCUAUUCGAAAUGGAGCUCAGUAUCCCAUGGGAGAUCCUUCGAUACCAAUUUCCGCAAUGGCCUCGGUCACCAAAAAUCUAGGUUUUGCGAUCACCACCUCUACUUCAUAUGAAGCUCCAUACGUUGUAGCAAAGAGGUUUUCGACUUUGGAUCAUUUGACGGGUGGUCGAUUCGGGUGGAAUAUCGUGACCUCGUGGAAGGAGUCUGCUGCAAAGGCUGUGGGAUUGCCUCUGGUAGACCACGACAAGCGGUAUGAAAUUGCCGACGAGUACCUGACCGCAUUGUACAAACUGUGGGAGGGCAGCUGGGCCGACGACGCUCUCCAAGAGAAUGCUCAAACAGGCGUAUACGCCGACCCAAGUCGAAUCAAAUACAUCCACCACCACGGCGAGCAUUUUCAAUUCGAUGGUCCCCACAUCCUUGACCCAUCCCCCCAGCGCACCCCCUUUCUCUUCCAGGCAGGCACAUCUCCAGCAGGCGUCGCCUUCGGUGCGAAACACGCAGAAGGAAUUUUCGUCUCAGCCCCUUCACCGCACAUCCUCGCACCACGCAUCAAAUCCAUUCGCGACGAAGCCGCCAAGCUCGGCCGAGACCCCAAAUCAGUGAAAGUAUUCGCCAUCCUCACACCAAUUGUAGGCCGAACGGACGAAGAGGCGCAGGCAAAGUACCGCCAAGCACUAGAAUACGCCAGCGAAGAAGCAGGUCUUGCAUUCUUCUCCGGUGGAACCGGUAUCGAUCUUAGCCGGAUUGGUCUAGACACGCCUAUUACGCCGUCAGAUGUGCAUGUUGACGCCCGCGUUCAUUCCACGAUCAAUACGCUCACGUACCAGAGUCCCGAUGUGCCUCAAUGGACACCAAGGAAUAUUGGGAAGCAUAUCUCGAUUGGUGGGGCUGGGCCUGUUCCUAUUGGUUCUGCGAGUACUGUUGCGGACUUUUUGGAGGAAUGGGUUCGAGUGGCGGAUUUGGAUGGGUUUAAUAUUGGAUAUGUGCAGACUCCCGGGACCUUUGAGGAUGUUGUGGAGCUACUGGUGCCAGAAUUAAGGAGAAGAGGGGUAUACGCGCCCCUGGGUGAGAGUGGUACACUGCGGGAGAGGGUGUAUGGGCCUGGACAAAGGCAUUUGCGGGAGGACCAUAUCGGGAGAAAGUAUGGAUAUGAGGUGUAUGACGGCCAAUAG